UCCGUCUCCACGGCAACUACGACGGCGGCUGUCAAUGCAACGGUGAGCCCGGGCGCCGCGCCCGUGGCCAAUGCAACGGCGAGCCCAAGCAAGAACGCCUGGGCCGCCAACGAUUCCGCUUGGGCCGCCAACCGCACCUUCUACCUCGGCGACUACCUCAGCUUCAAGACCGACACGGGCAACACGGUGUUGCACACGACGAACGCGACUGUCUACAAGCUCUGCAGCGGCGGGGUGGCAGGCGGCAGCAGCGGGUCGAAGCCGGAGGAGGCGUUCCUGGCCGUGAUGCUGACCACGGAGGGCGCCAACUACUUCUUCUCGGACGCCGGGGACGGGGAGCACUGCCUGAAGGUCCCGUCCGUGCCGCUGUCUGGUGCGCCGGCAGGGUGGCGGCACGUAUGGGGAAAAAUUUCAGAUUCUUUUUAAAAAAUCCGAGGGCACCGGUAAAAUAAUUUCGGUCCGAUUUCGGUCAAAUUUUAGCUAAAUUUGAAUAAUUUCGGUAACAUAAAUACUAGAGAUGACCGGUAGGACCAAAAAUCACCGAUUUCGCUGAUUUUUGGCUGAUUUUUUUUCCAUGGCGGCACGGCGGGGAUAUGGCCAUGUGGGUUUCUACGGUUGCUGCUUUUGCUGUAGUGUUGGUGUCUUGGUGAUGUGAGGCUUCGGUUGCCGCUCUUUGUUGAUCGCUCACAGCAUUUUGCGCAAGUCAUAGUGUCUCCUACCACACUGGUCAAUUUCUUUUUUUUGUUUGUCAAUUUUGACCUUUAAACGUUGGCAAUAUCAAGAUUUGGCACAAGAAAAUGAUAAAUAUAUGCUC